CAAACUAAAGCAAAGAUGAGGAGACUUCAAAACCUGCUGUUCACCUUUUGCAUUGCCCUGAGGUGUGUGACCAGUGCAGUUGGGGUGAUCCAUGUGACUGGAUAUGUGGGGAGUGCGGUUAAAGUUUCCUGUUCCUAUGAUGAGGGUUACGAGUCUCAUGAGAAGUACCUGUGUAAGAACGAUUGUGGCAGUGAUGAUGUUCUUGUUACAACAUCUGACUCAUUGAAAAUUAAAUACAUGAUCCAUGAUGACAAAAACCCCCGAAUCUUUUCAACGACCAUCUCUAAUCUUCGUGCUGCGGAUGCUGGGAAAUACUGGUGUGGAGUGAGCAGAACUGGAAACGAUAUCUACACUGAAGUCGAGCUGAAAGUAGUAAAAGACCACUGCUGUGAUACUGUGACCAAAAUUCUGAAUUAUCAGGGAUAUUCAAUAUCCAUUAGUUGUCCAUCUGAGCCUCAGUACCAGAACAGCCUGAAGUACAUCUGCAGAGGAAACAGGCCCUCCACAUGUCUUCAGCAGGCACUAAUCACCUCUUACAACAAGGAAAAUGGACGAUUCAGACUUGAUGAUGAUAAAAUGUUAAAAAAAUUUACAGUGAACAUCACCAGUUUGAGCAAAGAGGAUUCAGGGUAUUACCUUUGUGGUGUCCAAAGAAACUUUGACCUGGAUGUUUUUUCUGCAGUUGAGCUUAAAGUUGAAGAGUUCUGCUGUGUCAAAUCAACUAAAAUAAGUGGUACUGUAGGACAUCCACUAACUUUGCAGUGUCCUUAUCCUUCACAACACCGGGAUAACAGGAAGUUCCUCUGUAAGGGAGACCAGCACAACAGCUGCACAGACAUGCUAAAGAAUCACAGCAGAUUCACACUACAAGAUGCUUCUUCCAGCACUUUUGUUGUGACAGUCUCAAAGCUGGAAGCAGCUGAUGCUGGGACAUACUGGUGUGGGUCAGACUCACAGUGGAGAGUUGGAAACUACACCAAGGUUCAGUUGUCAGUCUUUCCGCAGAGCACUCUGGGAAAAAAGAACCCAGCACUCUAUGUGGUACCCCCUGUACUGCUUUUGAUAUGUAUCCUCGUUCUUGUUUAUAAGUACAGACGUUCCAGGAUUGAAGAAGCUGUUCUCUCCCUGAGGAGAAAUGCAUCUAGGAAAAAGAGUUCAAAGGAGGUGAUUGGUGCAGCACAAAGUGAAAUUUAUAAAAAUCAAUGUGUGGUGACCUCCAAUGACCAAAGCACCUGUAACGUCUAUGAAGAAGUAGAUGUAGAAGCACACUACGAAAACGUGACCGCAAGUGAAUAAAUCUACUGCAAUGAAAAUUUCCAUACACCCGACAGAAGAUACAGUCCAUAAAUAUUUGGACAGAGACAACUAUUUUCUUUAAACGAAACAACUCAGGUGCAGUUGAAUUUCAGACUGUCAGCUGUUCAACUGAGUGGGCUGAACAAAAAGAUUGCAUUAAAAUUUGAGUAACCGAUGCAUUUUUAACACAAUCACUUCAUUUCAGGGACUCAAAAGUAAUUGGACAAAUUAAAUAACUGAAAAUAAAAUAUUAAUUUAUAAUACAUGAUUGAAACCCUUUGCUGGC